UCAACAUAAUGGAACAUUGAAGAAAGAUGCCAAAUUAUUACAACUCCAAGCAAGUAUGCAUAAAUUCUCCCCUUUGAAACAUUAUCAGAAAAAAAAAUAUAACGGUGAUUAUACCAAACUGCACGUGCACGUCGAUUUGGAUAUCGAUCUCCUCGUUGUCAGCGAGAUUAUUGUAAGACACCGGCUGCAAUGAAGAAACUUAAGCAUGGGAUUAGAGCGAUAGGUGAAGCGGGAAAUCAUGUUAUUAGCCGUAAUCUGCAGAUUAUUCGUCUUGGGAAACUGGGAAAAGUUGAAGACGCUAUCAGAAUAUUCUCUAACAUGACCCACAAAAAUCUUGUAACAUACAAUUCCAUGGUAUCCCUUUUAGCCAAAAAUGCUAGAAUCAAUGAUGCUAGACGAUUGUUUGACAAAAUGUCUCUAAAAAACAUUGUUUCUUGGAACUCCAUGAUUGCUGGAUAUCUUCACAACAACAUGGUUGAAGAAGCCACUGAGCUGUUUGAUGCAAUGCCUGAAAGAGACAAUUUUUCGUGGGCUUUGAUGAUAACUUGCUAUACACGGAAAGGGGAUCUUGAUAACGCUAGAGAAUUGCUUGAGUUGGUUCCUGAUAAGUUGAACACUGCAUGUUGGAAUGCAAUGAUAGCUGGUUAUGCAAAGAAGGGCAAGUUCAAUGAUGCUGAGAAAGUGUUUGACCAGAUGCCGACAAAGGAUUUGGUUUCUUACAACUCAAUGUUGUCUGGGUAUACACAAAAUGGGAAAAUGAUUUUAGCAUUACAAUUUUUUGAGAAGAUGGCCAAGAGGAAUGUGGUCUCAUGGAAUUUGAUGGUGGCUGGAUAUGUUAACAGUGGUGACCUUACUUCUGCUAGGCAAUUGUUUGAAAAUAUUCCAAAUCCUAAUGUUGUCUCUUGGGUUAAAAUGCUGUGUGGGUUUGCACGAUACGGAAAGAUUAUAGAAGCUAGAAGACUUUUUGACAAGAUUCCCAGAAAAAAUGUGGUUUCUUGGAAUGCAAUGAUUGCAGCCUAUGUCCAGGAGUUACAAAUUGAUGAAGCUGUUAAGCUGUUCAAGAAAAUGCAGCACAAAGAUAGUGUCUCAUGGACUACAAUAAUUAAUGGGUACAUUCGAGUUGGUAAGCUUGAUGAAGCACGUGAUGUUUACAAUCAGAUGCCUUACAAAGACAUUGCAGCGAAAACGGCAUUGAUGUCUGGAUUGAUACAAGAUGGAAGGAUUGACGAGGCUAAUAAAAUGUUUAGUCAAAUUCAUGCACGUGAUGCUAUUUGUUGGAACAACAUGAUUGCAGGCUAUUCCCAGAGUGGAAGAAUGGAUGAAGCUCUGAAUUUAUUUAGACAAAUGCCGAUUAAGAAUGUUGUUUCAUGGAAUACUAUGAUUUCUGGAUAUGCGCAGGCAGGACAAAUGGAUAGAGCAACAGAGAUCUUCCAGGCCAUGAGGGAAAAAAGUUUAGUUUCGUGGAAUUCUCUUAUUUCUGGUUUCCUACAAAAUAAUCUAUACUCCGAUGCUCUUAAGAGUUUGGUUAUGAUGGAGCAGGAGGGAAAGAAACCCGAUCAAUCAACUUUAGCAAGUGGCUUAAGAGCAUGUGCUAAUCUUGCUGCUUUGCAGGUAGGCAAGCAACUUCACGAUUACAUUCUGAAGAGCGGUUAUGUCAAUGAUUUAUCUGUCAACAAUGCCCUGAUCACUAUGUACGCAAAAUGUGGAAGGGUACAAAAUGCUGAACAAGUGUUCAGAGACAUUGAAUGCAUUGAUCUUAUAUCUUGGAAUUCCUUAAUUUCGGGUUAUGCUUUGAAUGGAUACGCAAAUAAGGCAUUUGAAGCCUUUGGCCAGAUGUUAUCACAGAGAGUGGUUCCUGACGAGGUUACUUUUAUUGGAAUGUUGUCAGCAUGUAGUCAUGUUGGUUUAGCGACCGAGGGUUUGGAUAUUUUUAAAUGUAUGAUUGAAGAUUUUGCUAUUGAACCCUUGGCAGAACACUACAGCUGCCUUGUUGAUUUGUUUGGCCGUGUGGGUAGGCUAGAGGAAGCCUUCAACAUUGUAAGGCAGAUGAAGGUGAAGGCAAAUGCUGGAUUAUGGGGUUCAUUGCUUGGGGCUUGUCGUGUACACAAAAACCUGGAACUUGGCAUAUUUGCCGCCCGGAGACUCUUCGAAUUCGAGCCUGAUAAUGCCUCCAAUUACAUUACCCUGUCAAACAUGCUUGCCGAGGCUGGUAGAUGGAAAGAGGUCGAAAGACUAAGGAUGCUGAUGAGGGACAAAAGAGCUGCAAAGCAACCUGGUUGCAGCUGGAUUGAAGUUCAAAAUCAGAUACAACAUUUUUUGUCAAAUGAUCUGGCAAAGCUGAGACAUGAAAAUAUUCAGAUUAUAGUGAAUACUUUAGCUGCACACAUGAGGGAUAAAUGUAACAUAUCUGACAUGGAAUCAGCCUGUGACAUUCUAUGACCGGAGGUAGUCACAAAACUUAGCUUUUGAACUAUAUUGAAAAAGUAAAGUGAACUUCUAUUGCAUUGUUA